AUGACAGUAUCAACGAUGAGACCAGAUGGCAAAAGUACAUUCAUUACAUAUAUCGUAGGGCUCUUGCGCUGCAUCGCGUAGCCCAUCCAUGCCCAACCAUCCAUGGCAUGCAUCAUGGAGGCAAACGGCAAGCAUCCACCUUAUGUCUGGAAACAUCAGAUCUCGCUCAGCUAGCUCGCUUGCAGGAACAACAACGCAAACGACGGCGCAAACCAUUCGGAAAUCACCACCCGCCAUCUUUCCAGGGGACGCAACGUUUGCACACCCGCUUCGCUUUUGGACCACAAACAAAGGAGAAGAAGGAAAAGAGAAGUCAUACUCGUCCACCGCCGGUUAAGCACGUGGAAGCAAGACUUGCUUCAGCUGGAGCGCCUCGAAAUGCAUCAUCGCGCAGUACUAUCCGCCCGCUGCGCUCGCAGAUCGAAACAGCGAAUAGACCCCGCGAGCCCGUGUAUAGAAGGAAGAAAAAGACCGGAAAGAGCUUUUGGGGUGGCGGGAACCGAAGAAGAUGUGAGGAGAUGUGGAACGAGGGUCAGAGCAUGGCUACCAUACGCCAGUAAGACACCCGAGGGUCAUUUGGAAGCGCCCGAGAAAUGAGUCGAAGGAGAAUAGUACAAUCGCAGCUUUUCGUUGCUUCGGUAACGUCGUGUAUCAAACAGAAAAGGACAUAACCUAGGAAAGCUUUGGAUG